UCCGAUUUAUCAACAUUACAAGACUCAGCAUGGUUAUCUCAGUCUGAUGUUGGCCAAGUCUUAUUAAAAUUUAUUCAGUCUGCAUCAAAAAUUCGUAUGACUGCACUCAAAAGAUCGUCGGACU